AUGACAUCCUUAAACCACACUAGUGUUAGCUACACUGUCUUCCGUUUGCUGGGCAUCCCAGGGCUUGAGGAUCAACACAUGUGGAUUUCCAUCCCCUUCUUCAUAUCCUAUGUCACUGCUCUCCUUGGGAACAGUCUGCUCAUCUUUGUUAUCCUCUCAAGACGCACUCUACAUGAACCCAUGUACCUCUUUCUCUGCAUGCUAUCUGGAGCUGACGUUGUUCUCGCCACAUGCACAGUACCACAGGCCUUGGCCAUCUUCUGGUUCCAUGCUGGAGAACUCUCCCUCAAUCGCUGCAUCACUCAACUCUUCUUCAUCCAUUCCACCUUCACUGAGUCAGGAAUCUUGCUGGUAAUGGCCUUUGACCGCUACAUUGCCAUCUGCUACCCACUGAGAUACACCACAAUUCUGACACACACACUGAUUGGAAAAAUUGGUAUGUCCAUCUUUCUGAGAAGUUAUGGUACUAUUUUCCCCAUAAUAUUUCUUCUGAAAAGACUGACCUUUUGCAAAAGUAACAUCAUUCCACACACUGCUUGUGAGCAUAUUGCUUUGGCCCGAUAUGCCUGUAAUGACAUUCGAGUAAACAUCUGGUAUGGUUUUUUUGUCAUAUUGUCAACAGUGACAUUAGAUGUCAUGCUAAUUUUUGUUUCAUAUAUGCUUAUUCUUCAUGCUGUCUUCCACAUCCCAUCCCGAGAUGCUCGCCACAAAGCUCUCAACACAUGUGGCUCCCAUGUCUGUGUUAUCGUCCUCUUUUAUGGGCCUGGGAUUUUCUCAGUCCUCACUGAGAGAUUUGGACGCCACAUCCCACCCCAUAUCCAUGUACUGCUAGCAAGUGUCUGUAUUCUGGCUCCACCUAUGUUGAAUCCCAUUAUUUAUGGGAUCAAGACCAAACAAAUCCGGGAUCAAGUAACUCAUAUCUUAUUCUCAAAAAAGAAAUAA